GCAUGUGGUUGAGUAGAAGCACUAGACCCUUCCCCACCUCGUCAGCUUUGUUGAUGCUUCUGGAAUACCAAGAACUUCCUAACCUCGGUGAAAUACCGCUCUCUCACAUACCUCCGGACAGCUGGUAACUUCCAAUAUAGCUCUUAUAAGUCCCUCCAACACCCAAUCCGAAAAGUAAAAUCGUACCAUACCAUCCCGCACUAUCACCCCUUCUGACUCGCUACACGGAGUCGCAUAUGUUCCCCAUUCCAUGGUCUCGAUCAGCCGGAAAAAGAACAUUCCGUCUGUCAACCAUGGGUAUUCUCUGCACAUGUUUCUAUUGCGUGCACUAUGACUCCCAUACUUGUCCGCGCAGGCGGCCGAGUAUGCGUAUUGUCUUCUUAUCCACUAGUUCGUUGCACACAUGUACAGUUUGUAUUUUUACGUCAUUUCAUCCGCGAAGGGUGGCGCGUCUAAAACGGCCAGCGGGAAUGGCGGACUGGUGGGGGUACGCCUCACAUCAG